AUGCGCGCGCAGGUAUCCCAGGUGCUCGCUGCGGCCGAGCCGCAGCAACGCCUGCAACGCGCGGCGCUGCUGCUGCGCCGCGCCGCAGCCAGUGGUGGCGGCGGGCCCAGCCCCACAAGCAGUGUUGACUUUGCGGCGGGCCCUGCGCCCAGCGGCAGCAGUAGGGCCGGCAGCAGUGGCGGCAGCGGCGGCAAUGGUAGGGGCGCGGGGCCCUCCGUCUCUGCUGCGGCUGCGAGCGCUGCGGUGGCCCCGACGGCCGCAGCGCCCGAAGCGGCCAGCACCAGCGGCGGAGGGGCCGCGGGCGACCAGCAGCAGCAGCAGCAGCAGCAGCAGCAGCAGCAGCAGCAGCAGCAGCAGCAACAGCGCUCGUCCCACGGCGGCCGCGACGCGUCCCUGCUCUCCAUCGAGGAGCAGGAGCGCGAGCUGCAGCUCGUGACCACCGACCUGCCGCGCACCGAGUCGCGCCUCGAGACGCUCGCGCUGUGGGUCGGCGCCGCCGUCGCGUUCGGCGGCGGCGUCUGGUACGUCCAGGGGGCUGAGAAGGCGCAGGAGUUCUUCGCCGGUUACCUGCUGGAGCAAUCCCUAUCCGUGGACAACCUGUUUGUGUUUGUCCUCGUGUUCAAUUACUUCAAGACCCCGGUGGUGCACCAGCCUAAGGUCCUCUCCUACGGCAUCGCCACCGCCGCCGUGCUGCGGCUCGUGAUGAUCAUGCUGGGCACAGAGCUGGUGCAGCGGUUCGAGCCCGUGCUGCUCGUGUUUGCGCUGGUGCUGCUGUGGAGCGCGUACGGGCUGCUCGUCAGCGAGGAGGAGGAUGACGAGGACCUGAGCAACAACAACGUGAGUGGCGGCGGGGCGCAGCGGCGGGGGGCGCCUGCUGUCUAG